CCAACGCUAUCGAUGUACCUCGUGUGAUGAUUUGUUUGCGUUGAAUUUUUACUCGUCUACUUUUUAUUUAACACAUGUAUCUGUACUGCAGAGUCUGAGUACUUUUGCCACCUCUGCUGAUGUCAUAGAUACUCAGGAAAACAAGGCGAUAAUCUCCGAGGAGGACACUGACGUCACUAGUUUGUCCUCGAACGUUGCAUUAAAAGACGACGUGGGGCCCCCCCCUUCUCAAUUCCACUCCAUUUGAUCAUUGCAAGUGGUGGGGUCGAGCGUGAAAAUGCCCAACGAGUCUUUGAGCCUGCCGCCGUACGUGAGCCUAGACAGGUUCGUCAUCCCGCUGGGAGGCAAGUACCCCGUCUUCUUCCUGGGUCUCCUCAUCUACUCGUUCUGCGUCUUCUGCAACGUGACGCUGGUGGCCGUCAUCGUGCUGCGCCGCAACCUGCACAAGCCCGUCUACUUUAUCCUGCUCAGCCUGCCGCUCAACGACCUGAUGGGCAUCACGGCCAUGCUGCCCAAAGUCCUGUCCGGCAUCGUCGCCGAGACCAACCGUAUCCCGUACCCGCUGUGCGUCCUCCAGGCCUUCCUUCUGCACCUGUACGGCGGCGGAAUCCUGUUCAUCCUGGCCGCCAUGUCCUUCGACCGCUACGUGGCCAUCUGCAUGCCGUUGCGCUACAGCUCCCUUAUGACCCCCAGGGCGGUGGCUUGCGUCAUCACCCUGGUGUGGACUCUGGACUUUGUCCUGAUCACCUUGCUGUUCGCCUUGCAGACCAGGCUGACGCGCUGCCGCUCGGUCAUCGCAAACGUGUUCUGCGACAACCCGUCGCUGCUGAAGCUCAUGUGCGGCGACGCCUCCGUCAACAACGUCGUCGGCCUGUUCAACACGGCCGUCAUGCAGGCGGUGAGCGUUACGGUCCAGGCCUUUUCCUACGUCAAGAUCCUGAUCGCGUGCGUGGUGACCGGGCGCACCGACGCCAAGAAGAAGGCGGUGAACACGUGCGUGGGGCAGCUGGUCAUCCUGAUCGUCUUCGAGAUUGUGGGCACCUUCACCAUUUUGUCACACAGGUUCCCAAACGUGCCGCGUGACUUGCAGAAGAUUAUGGGCGUGUUGAUAUUUCUCAUAUCGCCGCUCCUGAAUCCCUUGGUCUACGGGCUGUACACCACCGAAAUACGAAACACGCUGCUCAGGGUCUUGAAAAACAGAGUCUUCGUCUAA